UCAUUCUAGGACUCUGACACAGACAUCUUAAGAAAUCUCGGGUUUUUUCGAUUGAGGACGAGGAUAUGGUUAAGCCGAAGCAACAGAAGAAGCUAUACCAGAAGAAGCAACCACACCCACAAAUUAAGAAGCAGGGAAAACAAGUAGGUACUUCUCAAUUUCGGACUCAGUUGGAUGGUCUGGGCUUACGCAUUGUUGAAGUGACUGCAGAUGGUAAUUGUUUCUUCAGAGCUGUUGCUGAUCAGUUGGAAGGCAAUGAGGAGGAACAUGGAAAGUACCGCAGCAUGGUGGUGAAACACAUAUUGGAUAACCGGGAGAUGUUUGAACCCUUUAUCGAAGAUGAAGUCCCAUUUGAUGAAUAUUGCCAGUCUAUGGAAAAUGAUGGUACGUGGGCUGGACAUAUGGAAUUGCAGGCAGCUUCUCUUGUAACGCGUAGUAAUAUAUGCAUUCAUCGGAACAUGUCCCCUCGUUGGUACAUAAGAAAUUUUGAUAAUCGUGGAGUUCGUAUGAUCCAUCUGUCUUAUCAUGAUGGGGAGCAUUAUAACAGUGUGCGGUUAAAGGAUGAUCCUUGUGAUGGAGCUGCAAGGCCAAUUGUAAUUGAGGCUGAUGCUGAUCUUUCAGUACCAUCACAUCAAACAAAAGUUGUGGGCAACAAAUUCCAUGGGCGAGCUGGUUGGGAAGCCUUUCAACCAGGGUCCAUAAAGUUGGUUAUGGCAGGAACUGGAUGUGAAAAUGCCGAAAAAGUGGAACAGAUUCUAGAGCAAGUAAAUGGAGAUGUUGACGCUGCAAUAGAGUUUCUAAUAGCAGAACAAGGAACAGAAGAAUGCUCUGCAAACUCUGAUUCCCUUCCAAAUCAGGCUAAUACUUGCGCAUGUGCAGGUCAUGAUGAAAAUGAGAAUCAUAAGCAGCACAAAGAAGACAUGGUAGAGGAAAGCACUAAUGAUGAAUCAAAUAAUAGCUCCAAGAAGACCAAUACUUAUACCACAUUGCAACCAAAUGACAAGAUUCCUAGAAACAAGGUCUGCCCGUGUGGUUCCCAAAAGAAAUACAAAGCUUGUUGUGGAUCUGCUUUGGGGAAACAAUCGGCUAAGUUUGUAGUUCACCAAGCAGCUGACUCAAAAAAGGGCAAAAAAGAAAGGAAGCAAGGAAAAAAGGGGAUUUCUGCAAAAGCUGAAGUACCUAGUGAAUAUGACUUGGAACUUUUCAUUGCUUUGCAAAAAUGAUUAAUGAGUUAUUGUUUCUUCCCACAGAAGUUAGUUUUGUGCUUUCCCAGAGGAGAUAAACUAUUGAAGAUCGUUCUACCUAUAAUUGAGCUCUUCACAAUACUAAAAUCCUCAAUUCAUACUCAAGAUUUCCAAAUAGAAGGUUUACUUUUGACAGAAGCAAUAUCAUGAACAGGAAAAUCAUUUAUAAUUUUUGUUGCUUUGUGAAGAACGUGGAAGUCUUGAUCACCCUUUUCAUGGGAAAUCUCGUGUGAGAAUCAGUUUGCCUAAAAUAUAGGUGUUAGAAAUAUUACUGAUAAUGAUUUAUAGUAAAAAAGUUCAGCUGAACAAGGGUCCUUUCUCCUUUUUAAUAGUUUUGGCUAGAGUCAAUGGACCUAAUCACCCAGAAGAGAGAAAAAGAUAUUUACAUCAUCUCGAUAAUCUAAGACUAGACUUGUUCAAAAGAGGAAGAAUUAACAGUCCUAGUGGUUGUCAAUUGCUAGUUCUUAAUCUGAUUGACUUGGCUUGAUUUUCUA